AUGCAGGAUUUUUGUUACCAGAAUCUGUGGCCUCCUUUGAAAGCUCUCAUAACUGCACAGGGAGAGGCAGGAAAAUCUUGUAAAGAAGUUUGCCUUUCCAAGGGUAUGUCAGUAACUAAGCUCUUAGACUGGCUACAAGUCGACCUCUCAUAAGUUCUUUAACCCUUUAAGCCCCAGUAUCUACAAACAAAUUCUCCAAACUGAUCUCUAUACAUUUCCUUAAAGAAUGAGUUGAGAGAAUUUGUAAAAAGAUCGAGGCAUUUUUACUUAGGUGAUCAUUUUAUUAAUUCUCAUAACUUAUCUGUUGACAGUGUAUGGAUAUUGUUAGGAGAAAAUUGAUCUUGGUCACUGUUGGCACUUAAAGGGUUAAAGCAAGCGAAGCUAGGUGCCAUGAUUCGUCGCUCGCUCGGUCGACUUGUUUCGCCUGAUUGGAUUUGAAUCAUAUUAUAAAUUCAAGCGGGAAAAAUGACUGACAUGUGCUUUGUCGGGAGUGACGUCAAAUAUCACUCACUCUCUUAUUGGUCAAUUGUCAUGACGUCACCAGUGGAAUUUUCGACCGGUGAAUUUCACACCAAACAGGUGUGAAAGUUCUUUACAAUGGCAUAACCAACCAGGAAAAAAAUAAAGGACUUCUAGAAAGUCUACUAAGGUCUUUGUGAAUGGUUUGGACCCUAGAGUCAUGUCAUAGUUUGAAUACGUGCUCAAGUCAUCAUCCGAGGGAUUCUGACUUCGUAAGCCUUGUCAAAACGUCUUUAGGGAGUUUAACCCUAUCCACAUACAAAUUCUCCAAACUGAUCUCUAUAUAUUUUCUUAAAGAAUGUGUUGAGAAUGUGUUAAAAGAUCAAAGCAUUUUCUCUUAGGUGAUCAUUUUGUGAAUUCUCAUAAACUCAUCUCAUGACAAUAUAUGUCUAUCGUUAUGAGAAAAUUGAUGUUGGUCACUGUUUGGUCUUUAAGGGUUAAGGUCUCGCAACGACGGCGACGAGAAUGUCAAAACUGCAAUAGGUUAAGAUUAGAAAAACAACUUUGGCAUGGGGAACAACAUGAACACGACUACGACGUGAAAUUGUCUUAUGCGACCAGGGCCAUUUCCGCAGAGGGUCUUAAAGGGUUUAACAUUUGUUUUAAAAUUAUCUCUGUUUACAGGUAUGGUUUGUGAACCAGAGUUUUUCUCCAAAAUCAACUCACGAGACUCUCUAACGCAGUAAGUAUUUGGUUACGAGGAGAUCUGUCCUUAGUUUUGCUUGUUAUUGACAAUUUCAGCAAUUUUGCUCGCCAGUUAGAUAUCACUGCGGGCUUUAUUGAACCAGAAUAUGCAUUCUUUUUUCUUUUGUUUUAUCCUGAAUGAAAUCAAACUAAACAAAUUGCACUUCAGUAUAUUAGAAUGUCAGUGUAUUUAACACGAAAGUGCUAAUUUUGGGACACUAUUUUCACGUCUCCAACUGGAGACGGGACCGCCAAUAUACGUGGUCGUCCGAGCCACGCGAAGGUCUAGCCGUUUUUAUACGUUUGCGGGCAAAGGAAGUACCCAUAUUUUUUUUAGUUUUUUAGACCCCGAGUAUGUGGUCUGACCCCGGGAAUCGAACCCGCGACUUCCCGCUCUGCACUGAACCGCUUCAUCGAAUGAGCUAAUCGUUUUAUCUUUGUAGAGCUACGUCAUAGUAAAAUCCAACUAAUGGUCUAUUAUCAAUGCUGCGUUCUCAUUGGUUGAGCUUCUACUAGGCUACAUGUUACAGCCCACUAGUAGGGAAAAGCGCCGGCUUUGAAAACCAAAACAAUGGCGGCUGAAUCGCGUUUUGCUAGCUAAAGUUGUUUUAUCUUGAUAUUUUUGACUAACUACUUGGAUUUUACUAAAACAAUUAUUCCUCUCGCCCUCAUGGCCUCCGAGUCUAUUGACUCUAUCCUCUGGGCUAUUGACUCAGAGCCCAUUCGGCUCGAGGACUAAUUGUUAAAGAGACUGUUUAUCGUUUGUGCAAUAGAAAUGGUUUUCCCUGUAACUCAAGCCGAUUGGAAGAAGUACCGUCUCUGAUCGCCCCAGGCUUCCGAAAGGAAUCACAGGCCUGCAUUCUUCAGACCCAGACCCUUCUCUUCAGCUGCACAGGAACGAGUCCAAGUACCAUGCGCCUGUGCCCUUGUAGAAAGUACAAGAAAGGACAGGUAGCUCUCUGUGAAGAUUGCUGA